AUGGUCGCGAUUCCGAAUUUCGCCAAUAUUGUAAAUACGAUCUCUAAGGCCUUUCUCCACUCUACGAUUAUUCCGCUGUACAAAGGUGACCACCCUAUAUCACCCAUGGAAACCGGUCCAGACCAGGUGGUCUUCACCGUUGUGAACAAGCACACCUCGGCAAUCAAGGCUUUGUUAACACGAGGUUGUGGUCUGUCUGGUUGGUCGCCACACCCGAUCAUGAUCCUCGCCAACAACACAGAGUACGACGAGAUCAUACUCACUGGCUUCGAUGGCAUAGGGGGUAGCUGCGAUGACAGCGACCCUAAACGUGCCAUCCACCUCGACGUUGGCAAAGUCGACGUCAACGAAACAAUUAGGUUCCUCAUCCCCAGCGGUUGGCACGGGAAGAUGUCCGUGGGCGAUGCAAACUACCAUUUGACUGGAGGAUCCGAGACCCUCCUCGAAGGUAGCUUUCUUGAGCAAGUGAACGGCAAUGGGGAGACCAAGGUUAAGCUGGAUUUUGAUGUUAGCAUGGUUGACGGUUUCUCGGUCCCGCUCACAUGUUCAUGUGGUGAUGAAGUCCUGACCGGAUGCAGCUGGGACUUGUUGUCCUUGAACAGAUGCCCGGAAGAGGACCAAGGUGACGGCGUUUGCAGGAAUCCCCUCCGGCCGGAUGAGAGCGUGAGUAGUGCCACCGAGUUUUUCCAACCAUGCGAAGGCGCCGCCUAUACGUUCCCCCACGACCACGGCGCCAAUAUCAACGGCAAUCCCCAGUGCCAGUCAGAAGGUGUCACUUGCUGCGUUGGUACAGACUGUGAUCCGCAUAUGAACCAAUGCACUGGUGUUAUGUCUGGGGAGGAGAUCUGCCAGAAGUUCUACUAGUUGGCUUGAAAGUAAACCUCGGGUCCGUUGGACUGUUCCAUUUGUCUGUUUAGUCCCUACUCUACGGACACGUAAUGAUUCGGGGUGUUG